UGACGCGAAAGGCGCCGAGGUGUGGGGCGUACGCUUCUUAGUGUCUUGUCCACUUUCCCAUGGCCCGCUUCACGCCCUCGACGUCGACUGCGGUCUCGUCAAAGGCCCAGAGAGGUGGAGUUGAAGGGACAGUCAGUAGCGAUGGUAGUGCUACUCGCAACGGACAGUCCAUCGAUGGCUCGUCUGCUCCACCGACUCAGUCCGCCGCCCUGCCGAAGCCAGCAUCUUCUUCCUCUGACCGCGACCGGGGAGGCAUUCGUGCCAUAGCCCGUACUGACGUUCACCGGAUCACCUCAGGCCAGGUAGUUCUGGACCUCUCCUCUGCGGUCAAAGAGCUGGUAGAGAACGCCCUCGAUGCAGGUGCUACCUCCCUCGAGAUUCGCUUCAAGAACUUUGGACUAGACUCGCUCGAGGUCGUCGACAAUGGCGCUGGUAUCAAGCCGGAAGAUUACGAGUCGGUGGCUCUCAAACAUCACACUUCCAAGAUCGAGAACUUCGACGACCUCAACUACGUCAAGACAUUUGGCUUUCGGGGAGAAGCCUUGUCGUCCCUCUGCGCUCUGGCGGAAGUGACCAUCCUCACAGCCACGCUGGAGGAAGCUCCGAUGGGUACGGUGCUUGAAUUCGCCCAAGAUGGAAGUAUCGCCGACUGCACCAAGCGCAUGGCUCGUCAGAGGGGCAGUACAGCCACCGUCAAUAACCUCUUCCACUCUCUGCCUGUCAGAAGGCGCGAGAUGGAGAAGCAUUGCAAGCGGGAGUAUGGCAAAGCACAGGCGCUGCUUCAGGCGUAUGCUCUCAUCUCCAAGGGCGUCAGAUGGAACAUAGUCAAUAUCACAAAGGAGGGCAGAAAGAAUGUAGCGCUCGCCGUUUCCUCAGCUACCGGAGCUGAUUGGCUGUCCAAGAACUUUGCUUCCCUCUUCGGGGCGAAAGCUCCGGUCACCCUACAAGCAUUGGACAUCGUGCUCGAAAUCGAGAGGCCAAAGACGAGGAAGCGUGACUUGGCUCCUCAGAGGUCUUCGGCCGUCAAGAGACGCAGGCGAGAGGUCAACAACUCAGAUGAAGAGGAUAUUGGAAGUGACACAGGGUCAGAUGAAGAAGACGGCGCCGGUCAGGGGGGCCAGGAGCUCAAUGGCAAAUACCAGACUGUCUUGAUCAAAGGUCUGAUCUCGAAGCCCACCAAAGGCAGCGGCCGGACUUCUUCCGAUCGUCAAUUCCUGUACAUCAACGGUCGGCCUUGGGAUAGCCUCAAGGUCACAAAGGCCUUCAACGAGAUCUACCGCCAAUUCAACGGCUCACAGUAUCCUGUCGUCGUUGCCGACUUUACCCUGCCAACCGACAGCUACGACGUCAAUGUCAGUCCGGAUAAGAGGACAAUCUUCCUGCACGACGAACAACAGCUCGUUGAAGCCCUCAAGACUGGUCUUGACAAUCUUUUUGCCCCUUCGCGGGGUACCCUCGCGGUCAACACGUCCUUUAUGCCCAGCCAGGCAGCAGCAUUUACCCAGCAAAGGCUGCCGUUCCAACGCAGCAGCAGUGCGGAAGAGGAAGGCGAGGAAGAAGAAGACGAUCCACUGAGUCCACGAAGGGCAGAGCAUGCCGUCUCGCCAGAAGCAGAAGAGGAUGAAGCUGGCGAAGCCGAGCAGCAGACUUCUGACCCAACACUGUUGCCAAAACGUGAUGCUGAUCAGCCCCCCGAAGAGAGUGAUGAAUCGGAAGGAGAGGCGGAGGCGGUAACGAGUGACAGCCGGACUCUGUCUCUGUUCGCCCAGCGGCAGCCCGUGGACAGACCUCCGUCAAGACCGAGCGCCGCCUUCUCGACAUAUCAGAGCACUUCGAACCCUUCAGAGAAUCGCAAUAGUGCGGACAGAACGGCUGCCAGCUCCCUACGAGAUUCUUCUCGUUUUAGCACAAGCUCUCUGUCAUCUCGGAGAGCUGAACCUGCUUUGCACUCAAAGAAGGGCGCGCCUAUGACCCUUUCUUCGCGCCGUGGGGGUCUCCAGUCUGUGCUAGCUGGCUUUGUUGCUCCUGGCAGUCAACGCCCCUCGCUCUCGUCCGAUAGAAGGUCAGAUGGGGAGCAAGAGGACCAGCUGACGGCGGAAGAGAUCGAAGCUCUUGAGUAUCGAGAAGAUGUCGCCGGAUCGGAUGAGAGCGUCGAGGCAAGUCCCGAAGCCCAGCCCGCCACAGAGGAAGGUCAAGGAAGAGAGAUGGAAGAAGAGAGCACGGUAGACGACCCACAAGCCCUUCGCUCCAAGCACGUCUCGCUGCCUGGAGAUGCCGCGGACGAGGACGAGGAUGACAGGACUCGCAAUCUAGCAAGGUUGGAAGCAUCGGCGGCAGAGACGCACGCAACCGAGCCUGUGUCCGUCGCUGAGACCUCUGCCGGGAUUGCGCACGAUUCGAGCGGACAAGUCCCCGUCGAUAUGGACGCCCUGAGGGCCAUGGUCGAGCGGCGCAAAAGGCUUGCUCAGAAGGCAGCCAGAGAGGCCGCAACCCGUCCUGUCUCCAGUUCUAGCAGCGUCGAUGACUUUUCCACUGCCGGUCUCUCCAAUCGCGAUGCACAGCAAGUAGAAAGCGAGCUGCAGCGAGUCAUCACCAAGUCAGACUUUGCGCACAUGACCGUCCUUGGUCAGUUCAACCUCGGGUUCAUCAUUGCCCGUAGACGCGGUGAGACGGACGGGAGCGACGACCUCUUUAUCAUCGAUCAGCACGCCUCGGACGAGAAGUUCAAUUUUGAAACCUUGCAGGAGACGACUAAGAUCCGGAGUCAAAGACUGAUCCAGCCUCGCUUGCUGGAGCUUUCCGCGAGCGAUGAGCUCGUGGCGGUGCAGCACGUAGAAGCGAUCAGACUGAAUGGCUUCGACAUCGACAUUGAAGAGGAAGGCGUGGCUGGCUCGAGGAUCAAGCUCUUGGCUCUGCCCGUGAGCAAAGGGACGACCUUUGGGGUACGCGACCUCGAGGAGCUCCUCUUCCUCCUGCGGGACGUAGCUCCCGGCUCCUCGAAGGCGUCAGGGGUACGCUGCUCGAAGGUGAGAGCCAUGUUUGCCUCGCGUGCAUGUAGGAAGAGCGUCAUGAUUGGGACAGCGUUGAGUGCCAGACAGAUGGGCGGGAUUGUGCGGCAGAUGGGGAUGAUUGAGCAACCAUGGAAUUGCCCGCACGGGCGGCCUACGAUGAGACACUUGGCUUGUCUGAGGGCAUUGGAGAAGAGCAGGGCAUCUGAGGGAAGAAGACAGAUCAAUUGGGCCAGUCUCAAGACCUCCUGAUCGGCGGAGGAGGCAAUUGGAAGCGAGACAUUUCUGCUGUACAUCAACUCAACUGGCACGCGUAUACCCUCUGAUGGUUCAAUGUAACAAUGUAAUUUUGCGAGCGGAAU